GAUAUCACACGAGCGAAAUGAGAUUAUUGAAGAGUACAUUUUCAACGCCACUGAAAAAAAGAAGACAGCGAAGCAGGUCUCACCCCAUCUGCGAGAUUUAAAUUCGAUUUCAAAGGGCGAUCCUAACUGGUUCACACCUAUGCUAAAGCCUCCAGCAGACCGGCCAAACAGAGACAUCACUGAUUCACAUAAUUUAUCUACUUUAGACGUUGAUAACUCUUGGGUCCCGGUGAACAGGUUGGGACGGUUAUGCUCUAACAUGGUAAAGGGCCUCAACUUUGAGAUGAUGGUGACGGCUCCUCAUCGGCGCUCUCGCAUCAAUGGAACUCACACCAUCACUCGGACGCUACACUACCAAAACCACCAAUUACCAUCUCUCACAUCCUUGGGCAACGUUAAAAGGUGGCAGCCUUUGUUUCCGUUUCUCAAAUCAGCACUGGAAGAUUCGAAAAAAGCUUUGACCCCUGAAGUGCUCCUAAUCGAGUCUGACCUGGCGUUGACGAAUGUUCUUUCUCCUUCCAUAUCAAGCUCAAAUAUUGAGCUAAAGUUGGACCUUAAUUUUCCUGUUUCUGGAGAAAGAUUAACAUGUCGCACGAUUUUCUACCAAAAUGGAUAUAAAACAUUCGAGACCAAGAAUAGCCUACCACAGCAACUAUCCACGGAAGUGAAGCUGCCGUUUGAAUCGACAUGGUGGGCCAAGUACAUUGCAGGAGUCGCAGGAAGAAAUCAGAAGUUAUAUUUGUCCGGGGCUCAGCAUGCUCUCGGUGAGGUCUUAAUUGACAAUCUGUCGGCCGCGCAAGAAAUCCGGGCUACUCCUGAUUCUCAUCGGUAUACAAGCACUAGCUCUGUAGGCGACGCAGACAACAACGGUGUAAUCGCAAUCUUACUCUGGAGGUUUAAACAGAUCCAAUCCGAGGAGCCUGGAACUACAACAUGGCGGAAAGUGUACUGCCUAUCAGAGGGGUCCAAAAUUAAAGUAUUGGAACAUCUUCCCUCAAUCCAAGGUUUUGAAAUACCGGAUUAUUGUCCUAUACCAAUGCUCAUACAUGGUCCUCAAUGGGGACUAUCACCCAGCGCACCCAGAAGCCACUUGACACACAUAGCUGAGCCAGACUUAAACGAGAGUGGGAUCUUCCGGCAUCCAACCUCAUAUGAGACGGUCACUGAUUCUGGGUAUGCCUCAACGAGCGCUAAUCGAACGGAGUUCAAGCCAGAGCACAACUCAGAAUCAAGAUGCUUCUCGCACGAAAAAUGCUCCACCAGUCUGAUAGAUGCACCAGCUCUCGCUCUAUCAGAUGGUACGGCAAUCCUGUGCAAUAUGGACGAGAGGGACGACGUUGAAAGCAUCUACUCCGAUACCUCCAGCGCCUCGAAUGUGACAAAGGGCUAUAUUGACGAGCUCGCCAAUGACCUCGUCCAUGUCGUCGAACCGUACAAAGAAAAUGGCGAUGUGCUUCGGCCUGUCUUCGAGGCUCUUCCUGAGCUUCUAAGGGCAUUUGCUUUAACCCUAGGUCACCCAUCGUCUGAUCGAGUGCAAAGGGACAUGAUGGUGUUUAUCCACAGGCAUCGAAUAAAAAUAGCUGCCAUUAUCGAGGAUCGAAUCUCCGAAAUGGACCCAGAUAGCAGAGAGCGACAAGUACAAGAUAACAUGACACUGGACGAUAAAAUGCAUUUUUGGCAGCAAAAAGACGAGCCCUUCGAGCAUCUGCUCUCCCCUGACCUACAAGACGAAACUGAACAAGAUAACGAUGAUAUAGUACCGAUCAUCCAAGAAGAGGAGGAUAAUUUGCCUGGGCUUGCGAUCUAUCGCAAUAUCAUUCACAACAGCCCUACAUAUACCUGUCUCCUGGAUAACAUCCGGCGCCAGUGUAUGUUCGCACCCGCAGAACCUGACAUCAUCGGUAAAAUUCGGAGGUCAAUCCUAAGUUCUCUACCAACAUCACCUCGAAUCAGUCGACAAAAGCCGGCAGAGAUAUUCGAUGUCAGUUUCAGGAUUUCUUGGGAUCCUAGAGGUUUCCUUAUUGAACAGGAGUACAUGGAAAGCCUCGAGGAGGCGAUUGAAAAAGUCAUCACCCUAACAGGGUCCACCGAGUCUGUACAAGCAUUGACUUGCGGCGAUUACAUGCGACAAACCUGGCCAUCAACAGGGAAGGAUGUUUUAAAACUAUUGAAGGUCCUGGUAUCAGGAGAGACCCGAGGAUCUACUGUCCUGCCUGGUGACACCCGGCUUUGCUUUUCGCGCCAUCCCUCAAGAAGCCAAAGUACAUCUUUCGAUAUAUGGGUAGAUGCUCGAGGCAUCGCUCCUGUCAUUGCGGAGAUCGGGGAACAGCUAGCAUGGCUGGCAUCUGCCUUGCGCUCCUCCCGGUCUCAGGGCAAAAUAGCCUACAGCAGGCCAUUUGUUGGCGGCAUGCAACUCGGACAUGUGACGUACGAAGGUACGCCCAGGGUAGCAUAUACUUGUGAGAUUGAUGUCGAGGUACGCGAGGGAGUAGUCGGUACUGAAUCUGUGAACGGGGAAUGCUGGCUCAAUCUUUUUGCAAUGCCACUUGUUGUAGAAGGCUUUCCAAUACGACGGAGGCCAGAGCAACACUCUGAAGGACUCGAGAUCCCACUUACCAUGAUGGCCACGCUGGCAGGAGCGCAUAGGGUUAACCAUUUUGAAGAGAAGACGGUCCUGAAGGGCUUCUCGACUAUGCUGAUCCCUACGAAACGCAGUCUCGAUACAGUCACUUGGCACCUUGUGUAUGAUAAGGACGAGAGCCGCAUUUCAUAUCUCGAAACCGAACGGUUCGCAAAGCUUGACAUUACGUUCCAGCAACUAGAAGCAUCACGACAUAUCGUGGGAUGGUGUCCUGAAAUGCUUUUCUACGCAGGAGAAUCCGAUGCAAGCUACGACAUCAAAAACUCAGGUCUCCCACGUCCCUCAGAACCCAGCAGCAUCCUGAACAGCGCGUCAUUAUCCGCUGGACACAAAGUUAUCGGCGGCCCUGUCUUUAACAUGGGCCGUAAAGAUAUCCGGUUGCGCAGAAACCCCUACAUAAAGAAGAUCAAAUGGAUUUCGCAACGGUACGUGACAUUUUGGGAUGUAGGAGAGAAGCGAGGAUGGCUCGUCAACGGGGCUAGCGCCCUGCUGCAUCUUGUUCGCGCAUCCAUCGCCCAGGACCAGCACGAUAGCAGAUUUAGCUCGCUGUGUCUGUUCAAUGAUUACGAGUUCCAAGAAGCCUCGCGGGCAUAUCAGCCAAACUCUGCUCUAGAGGUUCUUUUGAAUCCAACCAAUUUCAAGGUGAAGGUUUAUCCUGAGGAUGACGAGCAUAUAUACUUCAAGGACCGCGUUGAGGAUUUUUAUGAUGUUUUGGAAAGAAUGAUUGAUUACCAAACGAAAGCUGUCGGUGAUUGUGGAAAGGUCUGUCAACAACCGAGGUCUUUUCUAGAUGGCUGGGACUUUACCGAUAUCAUGAUGGAGCGCGACCCUGUCUAUCCGCGACAAACUAUUCUGAGCCAUGAAGGCCGGUCUUGGGUAGAUCUGACUCGUGCUAUCCAUGCAGUAACCUUAUUUGGCAGAGGUUUUGGCGAGGUUAUCCGUCCCAUGCACACCUACUGUCCGCUCUGGGCGACGCUUCCACAUGGAAUGUCGUAUCUCGUUGCCAGCGUCGCUGAUCUGAAGACCAUAAUGGAAGCUUACGGGAAUCCGUAUUCAACGCCGACAAGGCUCACCCAUGAGAUACUCUGCUGCGCCGAUGAGGCAUUAAGCCAAUGUCUAUGCCAGAGCGAUGAAGAUGAACACUUGGACAUUACCCAAGUGCUCCUUCCGUCAACCAUGUACCACGAAUUUUCUUCAAAAAGCCAUAUGUGUCUGAAAGGAAACGGUGCCGUCGUAUUCGGUCACAACAGCAACAACCAAUGGUUCUGGGGAGACGUGGGACACCCAUCGAGGGCCCCGAGUAAGGACAAAAAGUCACUUCUGAGAAGGGAAUUGAACGAAUCCUCUUCAGACGAUAGCGGAAUUGGAAGGAGUGUCAGUUUAUCAAUCCCGGGGCGAAGUGAAAACAUGGGGCAAUUGGACCCCAGUCAAUCAGUUGAAGGAUAUGACGACUACGAGGAAAUGCAAGAAACCGAAAAUAGCCGACAUGCAUCUGAAAUCCUAGUCCUCUCCAAAAGCAAGCCGCUAUCAGCGAGAGACUUUCAAGUGGCUAUUGUGUGUGCUCUUUCCACUGAGCUGAUGGCUGUACGCUCGCUGUUCGACAGUACAUACGAGAAGCUCCCCAUCGCCGAUGCGGACCCGAAUUACUACGCAUUGGGUUGCAUGGCAGGACAUAACAUCGUUGCGGUCUGCUUACCACGCGGUACAUAUGGCACGAACCCAGCUGCGAACGUCACAUCGAACAUGCGACGGAGUUUCCCCGCGCUGCACUUCUGCCUUUUGGUAGGCAUCGGGGCUGGCGUGCCCUCCCGGGAAAAUGACAUCCGUCUAGGUGAUGUCGUGGUUAGCACACCCAGUGGAAGGUAUUCGGGUGUUCUACCAUACGACAUGCUUAAGACCCUAGAGUGUGGAGCGUCACAACUCAACGGGUACCUAUGUCCUCCUCCAGGGAAUCUGAUGUGUGCAAUCAGUGAGCUCGAGUCCGACCCAACACAGUCUCCCACUCCGCUAGCCGCAGACCUCGAUCAAAUCGUCCAGCUCAAAGGUCAAUACACGUAUCCUGGAGCCACACACGACCGCCUAUUCAUGUCCCACUACUCCCACGCGAGCAGCCACAACAACUGUGAUCAGUGCAAUCCAGCAUACGAAAUCCAGAGGCCUCCUCGACUGUCCACGCAUCCCGAGAUCCACUACGGGCUGAUCGCAUCCGGCAACCAGGUAAUGAGAUCUGCCGAAACACGAGACCAGCUCAGUAAAGAACACAACGUACUCUGCUUCGAGAUGGAAGGAGCAGGGAUCAUGAACAACUUCCCAUGCCUGGUGAUCCGCGGAAUCUGUGACUAUGCAGACUCACACAAGAACAAGCAAUGGCAAAGAUACGCAGCAGCAACAGCUGCCGCGUAUGCCAAGUUGCUCCUGUCGCGGGUGAGAACGCCAGAAGUUGAUUCCGCGGUUGAAGUGCGUGGGAGUGGGAGUGGGAGUCCGUGCUAUCCUUCUAGAAAAAGGCCACCAUCUCCUGAAGUCACUUUCGCUCAGGAUCAACGACCCGCCAAACGGACGGACCGGCCCGGGCAUUCCAAUCUUGAUUUGAUCCUUAACAGUGAAUAGGUUUGAUUGAGCAGUGUGAAGUUCAUCAGCGCCAUUUCGAUGCAAUGACAGGCGUGAGACGACGCGCAUGACAGGUUUCCGGUUCCUGCUAGAAACGCUGAUUUGAGACGGUUUGAUAUGGCAGAGGGCGCAGAAUAUAGGGGUGGCCAGGCGGACCUCGCGAGCUCACCAGGCGGUAUUUGCCAGUAAUUAUCAUGUAGAGUGGCAGGAUGGUCCCCGGAACCCGGCCCCGGACCGCCCAACCCGGAGUGGAUAAGGGUCGGGGGGUUGGGGGCCAGGACCCGCCGGAGACCCCAGAUUAGCCAUCCUAGGCCGGUAUACACAAUUGGAUUACCCCGUAUUUUCUUA